AUGCCACAAGAGAAACAGACAAAACGUACCAAUAAUUGCUCGUGGUGUAAUCGAUUGCCAUCCAAAGGAAUAGUAUGGUUUAUAUUGAUAUCAUUCUUAUUUAUAAUUACAACAAACCACUCCAAGAUCACUAAUAAGCUUCAACAAACUACCUUAUAUCAAACCUAUAUAGCCUCAGAUAAUUUGGAUGCAUCUGAAACACUACAACUAAAGCAUAUUUUCCAUCAUGGAACAGGACCACAUAAUAACAAUCAUAAAAUCCAUCGUCGAUUAGAUAUUACCCCAGAAUAUAUCGCUAAACAUUAUACUUAUUUCACAACACUAACUGAAGAAUUACAAUCUCUGGGUGGUGAUCAACAUAUUGAAGGUAUGAAUGAUUUCGAUCAAGUCUAUACACAAAUGGAUUGGCCCAAAGUUCAUCAUGGUAAGAAUCCAUUCACGAUUCAAUUACCAAUCAAGAAACACGCAGGAAUAUCUACCAGAUUAAAACAUCGUCAUGAACCAAAUUUUGUCAAAUCAUAUCUUAAUUAUGUCACCGACACCAGCAUUAAGAACAAGGUUCCAAUUUCUUUGGAAUGGAUAGAUGAAGAAAUCAGGGUCCCGAAUAUAACUGAUCGUAAUACUCUUAUUUCUUUAGCUACCAUUUCUUCAAAUGCAUAUGUUCGUCUUCCUUUGAAUGAAGAUGAGAAGAAGAAAUCGGAUUGGGUGGAUUUGGGUGAUUAUAUCCCAGACAUAAAUGGCGAGAUUGAUUUUGGGUGGAAUGAUGUCGGGAUUAGAGGACAUGUGUUUGUUAGUAAGGAUAAUAAAACCGUGGUGAUUGGGAUUAAGGGGACUUCAGGUGCCGGGUUACCGGGUGGAGGUAGUGAUGAAACUGCCGUCAAUGAUAAAUUAAAUGAUAAUUUAUUAUUUUCAUGUUGUUGUGCCAGGGUUGGAUAUAUGUGGACAACCGUGUGUGAUUGUUAUGAAAAAGCAUAUACAUGUAAUCAAGAUUGUCUUGAAAAGGAAUUAGUCAAAGAAGAUAGAUAUUAUGCUGCAGUUUUGGAUUUAUAUAAUAAUGUAACUGCGUUAUAUCCACCCGAUAAACAUGAUAUUUGGGUAACUGGACAUUCAUUAGGUGGUGCACUUGCAUCAUUAUUAGGACGAACAUUUGGAUUACCAGUUGUUGCAUUUGAAGCUCCUGGAGAAAUGUUAGCUACUCAAAGAUUGCAUUUACCUUUCCCACCUGGAAUUCCAUCAUAUAUGGAAAAUGUUUGGCAUAUUGGAAACACCGCCGAUCCAAUCUAUAUGGGAGUUUGUAAUGGUGCAUCAAGUACAUGUAAUGCUGGGGGAUAUGCUAUGGAAACCUCCUGUCAUACUGGUUUACAAUGUGUUUAUGACGUGGUUGGUGAUUUAGGUUGGAGAGUUAAUAUCCUAAACCAUCGUAUUCAUACUGUGAUUGAUGAUGUGAUAUUGGCAUAUAAUGAUACUGCCAAAUGUAUAGAACAACCUCCAUGUCGUGAUUGUUUCAAUUGGAGAUUUGUGGCUCAUGAUGAUGAUGAAGAUGAUGAACCGGAGUUACCUAAUCCAUUAAAACCACUUCCUCGUAGGAAGAGUUCUACGUUAAGAACAUCAAGCACAAAUGAAGGAGAUGGGACGAAGACAGGAACUGAAUCUACUGUGGUGCCAACUUCAAGUGAACCUCCGGAUGAACCAGAAAAGUGUUUAAAGAGAACAUGGUAUGGCUGGUGUAUUGAAUGGGGACAUGAAGCUGAUGGUGAGGGUGAUGAUGGUGAUAAGAAGAAGAGAAUGGUAUGA